UUAUCUCAGGUGGACAUGGCCUGCUGGGGCCACAUUCAACCCAAUGGCUUGGCCUUGGCCUUGCAACUGACCAUGGCAUGGAUCCUACUGGAGGCCUGUGGAGGAAGCCAGCCACUCCAAGCUAGGUCCUGGGGACAUCAUGGGCUGGUGGAUGAUCUGGGCACAGGCCAGCUGCACCUGGCAGGAUCUUGUUGUCCUUCAGAGAUGGACAGGCCAGAGGCAUCGGGCCCUGGGACCUUUCCAGAGCGCUGUGGGGCACCGAGCCCUGGGUGUGAAUCCUUCCUGGGACACCUCCAACUUGUCUUUCACAGUCGCUUCCGCCUGCUACUAUUGGGGAUACGCCAGGCACAGCCGCUGUGCAUGGAGCUCUGCGAGGCCUGGUUUGCCGCCUGCGAAAAUGAUGUCACCUGCAGCCCGACUUGGCUCCCACUCCCAGAAAAAAGAAGCUGUGAACCCAGCUGCCGUACCUAUGGGCAGACCUUCACUGACGGUGUGGACCUUUGUCGCUCGGUUCUGGGCCAUACCCUGCCAGUGGCCGCUCCUGGCGCCCGUCACUGCCUCAACAUUUCCACCUCGGCCCUGACGCAUCCCAGACCCCAACAGCGGGCCCGGGAAACCACCUCCUGGCGCUCCCGUCGCUCUCCCACUUCGAUCCUGGACGCUGCGGGCAGCGGGAGCGGCAGUGGAAGCGGCAGCGGCCCCUAGCGGACGUCUGCGGGAGACGCAGCCCUUCCCUGGCCCCGCCCCUCUCCUUCUCCGCUUCCUAGUUUCCAGAGUCCUGUCCCUCCUCCCUGGGGCUCCACACACUCUCCCCUCUGGGGUUAUCAGAGAUACGAUCCAACUCUCGCUCAUUUUUCCCUGUCUCCCCUGAAUAAAGUCGC